ACUGUUUAUUAACUUAGAUGGGCCAAAACGACACCGUGUGAUGGGAAAAAGGAAAAACUCAGACUCUCGUCAUUUUUCUGUGCCACUUAACCCUAACUGCGCUCUCUAUCUCUCUGUCUCGCACGCGAUCGGUGCCACAGUAGCAAGGAUUAACGCUGAAUCUGAGCCAAUUGAGACGUAUAUUUACAGCAAAACCAAAGAUGGGACGGACUUCGAAUUGUCAUAGCAUAGAUUUGAUAGACGGCAUAACCAAAAAUUAGUUCUCAGCUGAUGCAUAGGAAAAAUAUUCACUCAUUCUCCGAUUCUAUGGAUGACGGCACUGCAAUUAAGCCAAAUACGGACAAGCCGGUCAUUGUCAGGGUUAAAAGAAAAGCUUCCCAGUCUCUCCUCGAUGCUUUUUGGCUAGAGAUUAAUGAGAGGCCAACAAAGCGGCCGCUGCUUGACUUUGAAAAGUUAUCAAUCUCUGGUUCUUCUUCUAAUAGAGUGGAAGAAUUGAAGACCAAAAAGGUUCUUGUACGGCAUGUGGAGACAGUAAUUACCUCAGAGGUCACUGUUGAUGUGCUACGAUCUUUUGUGCCUAAUUCAUCUGAUGCACUGGAACCUAAAGAGAAAAAUGGAGGAAGAAGAUGCACUUUUAAGACGGAGAAUAAACAGGAGCAGUUGCUUGUCAAAGCAAGACAAAGACAAGAGGUUUUAUCCAAAAAUGCUCGUUUUGAGCAAAUAUGGAGAAGCCGAAAGGGAAAGAAUGAAGCUGUAGAAGAUGAUGCAGUACAUGAAAUGUAUCGACUCUAUGAUGUUGUCCGGGUUGAUGCAGAGAAGAGAGAGAACGAAGUGCAAGAGGAGGAUACGGAAUUGGAGGACCACAGGAUGAUGGCUCAAUAUCUGCCUCUCCUAAGAGAAGUUUUACCAACUGCUGCUGUGGAGAUUGAAGAUGAUAUUCACAAUUAUGCUGCCAGACAAGCAUUUUCAGAUGAUUAUGUUUAUGAUUUUUAUGCUGUUAAGGGUGACGCCAACAUUACUGAUGCUGAUUCUGCAAGCCAGUUUCCUUUGGUUCAAGUUGACGAUGAUACCUUCUAUGAUGGCCCAGAUGAUUCAGAAUAUGAAACUGAUGAUUCUAAUGCGGAGGACAAUCCGCUCAAUGAGUAUCCGGAUGAAGAGACAUCUGAGGAUGAGGAUGUGAGUAGAUCAUCUGAUGAGAAAUCAGAGGUCGAGAGCAGAUCUUCCAAGAACCAAUCUGAAGAAUCUGAAAGUGGAAGUGAAACAUAUUAUAAUGAACACGAGGGUACAGGGCCAUUUGACUGGUCAGACAAUGCAGAUUCAUUGUUCGAAGAUGACAAGUACUUUGAUGAUGGUGAGGAAAUUUAUGAUGAUGAUUUGAGGUAAUUUUGUUUUUGGUCCAUUGUACCUUUUCUCUGCCUGUGAAUUUUUACUUCAAGCAUGUAUGGGUAAGUUGUUGUGUUGCUACACGCACUAUAAUCAAACACACUUCGGCCUUUGCUGAGAUCAUUAACAAUUGGGAACAGGUGUUUGGUACUUUCCCAAGUAGGGCUCGUAAAUGUUAAAAUUGUGUUUAGUUUGGCUCAGUAUUUGCUGUGAUGCUAGCAAAUAAUAAUUUUCUAUCGUGUCUAGGUAGAGCCCACAAAAAUAUAUAUGCUCCGUUUGUAUGAAGGCAUCUGAAUUAAUAUUAUAUAGCAGUCUUUUAUUGCUUUUGAAUUGAUUUUCUUUGGAGGUGUAAAAAUGGGAUUUAGCCACCUAAGGCUCUGUUAUCUUAUUUGAACCACUACACUCUUUAACUCUUUAGAAUCGUUUGGAAGCGACGAAUGAACAAAUUUGGUUGGAUAUAUUUCUUUUAGAACUUGUUUUUACUUAA